CAGCACUCCGCAGCAUCCGAGCCACGGGGAAGACAAGCGUCCAGGGGUGGUGACCUGCAGUCCGCUCCGCGAAUCCGCUUCCCUUCACCUCGCGAUUCUCGUGAUCCUCUUCCGCGAUCCGCGGAUUAACAUCCUCGGUGCUCGCUGCGGAGUCGUUUAAACAAUUUCGUCGAAAACGGACAAGUCAACAGGAUACAUUCCGUCGUGUCUCUCGUGAUCGACAGGUUAAAUCUUUCGGUGUUCCAAUAGCUCGUUCGAGAACCGGAAGAAACUUUCGUUCCGGUCGUCCCGAUUUCUCUCCGCGAUCGAGACAUCGAUUAACAUCGCUCCUGGUGUCAGUUUGAUAAGGACAAGAGGUUCGAUUGUGAUCCAGAGAUUGAUUAACGCUUCCAGUGAUCGUAACCGGAUUGAGUUCUCACGAUACGAGGGGGGGAUAAUUGUGGAACGGUGAGGACCGAGGGAGAAUCGUUCGGUUCUGUGUACCUGUCGAUGCGCCCCCGUGGCAAUCGGAACGAUCGAUCCUCCCGUACACGGACGCGUACUUCCGGGGAUCGUCGUUCCGGCGUGGUUUAAUUAGAAGAGCGUGCGCGACCGAUCGAGCGGGCAGCCGGCGUACUGCGUGCCUCUGAAUGUGCUCCUCUCGUCUCUCUCUUUCUCUUUCGAUCCGGACCGAGGCAGCCGAUUUGGUCCCGUGACCUUGUGACACACCGAGGAGUAUCUGUGCCUCGCAAGGAGGCAUGCGGAGGACCAAGCGUUGAAGCCAACACACCCUCUCUGGCCCGGCGAACGCGUUCCCCCCCGUUGCUUCCCUGCUCGCGUGUUCCUGCGACUGUCCCUCGUUUCAGGAUCGCAAUUGAUCCAAAAAGUGAUUUUCUGUUUGAAAUAGAAGCCUGGAGGGAAGGAUUCGUAGAAUCAAAAUAAUACAAAGUGAUCUUCGACGUAAAGGAUUUUGGAAGGACUGAAAUAAUUUAAAAGUGAUAUUUCAUUUGUGGGAAGACUUUCGUACGAUGUCGAGACUGUCUGUAUUGUUUUAUUGAAGUGAGGUGGGUUUCAAAGUGCCAAAUACGUACCUGAAGAACAAUCCCGGGAAAAGAGAUCGAAGGAUCAGAUAAGCGGAGAAUUUCGAGGGAGAAGUGUCGGGCAAGGAGGAGAUCACAAGGCGGCAAGAGGGAGCCGAAGCACAGCCCCGGGGUAUCGAAGAACUGGCAGAAGUAUGAGCGAGGGCACGCCGAAGUCCCAGGGCAAAACCGUGUCCGACGGCUCGCCGGCUCGCAUGGAAGCUGGCGAUGGCGGCGGCGCCGGCGGAGAUGGGGACUCGAUGGUGGGCGGUGGAAAUUCCGAGAAGAAGGCGGAAUAUGAGACGAAUCUCUUCCUCUACAGUGAAGAGAUGGAAGUUCGGCCUCGGAUUUCCACGUUGCUCAGCAGCUUGUCAGACUACAGCAACACGAUCCCAGCCGCCACUGAUCCUGACGCGAAAUCGCCUCCGGUACAGGGUGGAGCCCGGAUGGGCACUCUGAUCGGUGUCUUCCUACCCUGUAUUCAAAACAUCUUCGGUGUGAUCCUAUUCAUCCGUUUGACCUGGGUCGUUGGUACCGCUGGCGCCAUUCAGGGUUUCUUCAUUGUGCUCUGCUGUUGUUGCGUGACUAUGCUGACUGCCAUCAGUAUGAGUGCGAUCGCAACCAAUGGCGUUGUACCAGCCGGUGGAUCUUACUUCAUGAUAUCCAGAAGUUUAGGCCCAGAGUUCGGUGGUGCCGUGGGUAUGCUGUUUUAUACAGGUACCACUCUAGCCGCUGCGAUGUACAUCAUAGGUGCCGUGGAAAUUGUUUUGACGUACAUGGCGCCUUCGCUGAGUAUAUUCGGAGACUUCACUAAGGACCCGAACAUCAUGUACAACAAUUUCCGGGUUUACGGUACGGGCCUCCUGAUUAUCAUGGGCACCAUAGUGUUCAUCGGCGUGAAAUUCGUAAACAAGUUCGCAACGGUGGCCCUGGCCUGCGUCAUCUGCUCGAUCAUAGCCGUUUAUGUAGGCUUGUUCUAUAACUUCAACGGCAGCGAGGCCCUCAAGAUGUGCAUCCUCGGUAGAAGACUGCUGAAAGAUAUCAACGUGCUGCAAGAUUGCAACAAGAACGUUUCCGGCGUUCUUCAUCGGCUCUACUGCGGGAAUACUACCAGCACGUUAAAAUGCGAUCCUUAUUACUUGGAGAACAACGCGACCAUUGUUAAUGGAAUUCGUGGGCUUGCCAGCGGUGUAUUUUUAGAAAACAUUUGGGACAGCUUCCAAGAAGAAGGCCAACUGAUCGCGUACGGAAACGACCCUAAGGACAUUGAUGUAAUGUCCGAGUCUACAUACAACCAGAUCACCGUCGACCUCACAACUACAUUUACUAUCCUCAUUGGUAUCUUCUUCCCUUCUGUCACAGGAAUCAUGGCAGGCUCGAACAGGUCUGGUGAUCUCGCAGAUGCCCAAAAAUCCAUUCCGAUUGGUACGAUAUGCGCCAUCCUGACUACUUCUACCGUAUACCUGUCCAGCGUUUUACUCUUCGCUGGAACAGUAGACAAUCUUCUACUCCGCGACAAAUUCGGGCAAAGUAUCGGUGGAAAGUUAGUAGUAGCCAACAUGGCCUGGCCGAAUCAAUGGGUCAUUCUGAUCGGUUCCUUCCUAUCGACCCUCGGCGCCGGUCUCCAAUCGCUGACCGGCGCUCCACGGUUGCUUCAAGCCAUCGCCAAGGACAGUAUAAUUCCGUUCUUAUCUCCAUUCGCCGUUAGCUCGAGCCGCGGAGAACCCACCAGAGCUCUCGUAUUGACGGUCAUCAUCUGCCAAUGCGGUAUACUUCUUGGCAACGUCGACUACUUGGCUCCCCUGCUCUCAAUGUUCUUUCUCAUGUGCUACGGCUUCGUGAACCUCGCUUGCGCAGUGCAGACUCUCCUCAGAACACCUAAUUGGCGGCCCAGGUUCAAGUAUUACCACUGGAGCCUCUCUUUUCUCGGCCUGUCUCUCUGCAUCGCGAUCAUGUUUAUGACCAGCUGGUAUUAUGCGUUGGUGGCCAUGGGUAUGGCCGGUUUGAUCUACAAAUACAUAGAAUAUCGAGGAGCCGAGAAGGAAUGGGGUGACGGUAUCAGUGGUCUGGCUCUGUCAGCUGCUCGGUAUUCGCUUCUGCGAUUAGAGGAAGGUCCGCCGCACACGAAGAACUGGCGGCCGCAGAUUCUAAUUUUAGCCAAGCUUACCGACGACCUGGUGCCUAAGUACCGGAAGCUGUUCGCGUUCGCAAGUCAGCUGAAAGCCGGCAAGGGUCUGACCAUCUGCGUCAGCUGCAUCGGCGGUGAUUACAUUCAGAACACCGGCAAGACUCUGGCGGCGAAGGUAAAUUUAAGGAAGACGAUCACUGAAGAGAAGGUGAAAGGAUUCGUAGAUGUGCUCGUGGCCAAAGAUAUCGUCGACGGUGUCAGUUCUCUGGUACAAACAACUGGGCUCGGUGGGAUGAAGCCCAAUACUGUAAUUCUUGGAUGGCCGUAUCGCUGGAAACAAGAACCGCAGGAGGACAGGACCUGGCGCGUGUUCCUGCAGACCGUCAGAUCGGUGGCCGCCGCUAGAAUGGCUCUUCUCGUUCCCAAGGGGAUCAACUUCUUCCCGGAUUCGACGGAAAAAGUGGUCGGCAAUAUCGACGUUUGGUGGAUCGUUCACGACGGCGGUCUUCUUAUGUUGCUACCGUUCCUGCUUAAGCAACAUCGCACGUGGAAAAACUGCAAGAUGAGGAUCUUCACGGUCGCGCAGAUGGAGGAUAAUUCGAUCCAGAUGAAAAAGGAUCUGAAGAAGUUCUUGUACGAUCUCAGGAUUGAGGCUGAAGUCGAGAUCGUGGAAAUGAUGGAUUCCGAUAUAUCCGCUUACACGUACGAGAGGACCCUGAUGAUGGAGCAGAGGAAUCAGAUGCUGAGGGAGCUGCGGCUGAACAAGAAGGAGUCCCUCGGAGUGGUGGACUUGACAUUGGACUUCAACGAGGUACCCGCUGAAGAAAAUUUACCUCUGGUACAGGCGAUUGUGGACCAUCACCAUAACGUGGACGUUAAGGUGGCGACCAAGGUGAGAUUCCAGGAGCCUGGCAGCCAGAAUCCGAACGCGGCGAUGGACGAGGCGCAGGAGAAAUUGGUGCAAGAAACCGAGGCUGGCAAGGAAGGCGAAGCAGACGGUGGCAACGAGGCAAUGGAAGAUGCCAAAGAAGGCAACGACGAAGAAACGAAGCUGAUCGGCGGAUCACCCAAACAGGAGAAUAAAGAGAAUACCGAAAAGGAGGCGAAAGAGAACGAGGAGAAGAAGCCCGAGAGUCCCGAAUCCAAGAAACCAACUAUUACACCGGACGAAGGUGACGUAAGGCGUAUGCACACUUCCAUUAAACUGAACGAGGUGAUCGUGAAGAAGAGCAAAAAUGCUCAACUAGUUAUCCUGAAUCUUCCUGGACCACCGAGAGACACCAGAAUGGAGCGCGAAUCGAAUUACAUGGAAUUCCUCGAAGUGCUCACUGAGGGUCUCGAGAGGGUGCUAAUGGUGCGGGGCGGCGGACGGGAGGUGAUCACCAUCUACUCGUGAACUAGAUCAGCCGUCAACGAAGUGAUCGCAAGGCGACGGCCGCGAUCCAGUUUACUUCGGGAAGACCUAAAAACUGACUCCACCCUAGGGAACACGUUGCUCUUGUGCCAUUGUCUGAGCAGUCACUUGCGUUUCGCGUUGUGAGACACACGCCAUUCACACAUUCGACAUGUACACAGUAAACACACUAAACACACGAUUACCGAAAUGAAGAAGACGAAGAAGAAGAAUGACGAUCGACGACGCUGUUUCUGCGGAUUUAGUUAAAGAAAGAGAAAAAGAAAAAGAAAAAAAAAAAGCGAAGAGAAAAUGGAGAAACUUUACCUACUCUAAAACUAAGUCGACCCUCUUUGGUGAAGGCCAAAAGUGACAUGCCAAAGGAUAAAGAUGAUUUCCCUCGAAUGAAUUUCACGCGUAAACUAGGAACUAGUAGGAUCUAUCUCAUUUUACACUCGUAUCCCUUUUCCGAGGCUAGAGACUUUAAACGAGAAGAGAACAAAUAAAAUUGAUUUUUACCUGUACGGCCGCGAGACAGUCUGCACAGAGAGCUGCACACGGAGAAUGCACUUAACAGAUUCCAGUUUUCUGGGGAAACAAGAGCUCCGAGAAAAUUCCUUUUCAAAGUUUCAAUCCCCCAGCCGACGGAAUCCAGGGAACGAAAGUAAAGCGAACUGUAAACGUGGAAGGAAUUGGUGCCUCCUACAUGAGCAGAAAAUAAAAACGAAAAUGCGAACUCCUUGAAACUCCGACGGAAGAACUUGUAACCACCCAUUUGAAACGGAAAUCAAAAUUUUUUUGGUCCGAGGCUAAGAUCGAAGCAUCUACGAAAACCACUGCCAGAAUUCUUUCUAAAUGCUUCGCGUUUAACCAAAGACGCGAGAGGCUCAUUUUUCUACACGCAUUGUCGUUAAACAUAGAGAGUAUAUAAUUAAAUAGGUAUGUAUGAUUCUACUGCUUAUAUAGGUGAAAUUUAGGGUAGCCUAGGGAUAGCGCGUGGUUCGAUUAACGGGGCGCGGAAAUAACGCGCGGCGAAAGUUUGGACGAACGUUGCCAGCGUUGAACGGUUUUAUGUGGACGCAGGACGUUGAAAAUAAUAAUAACUAUAAUAAUAAUUAUAAUAAAAGUAUAUUGUGUCCCCGAGAUAGAGAAUGGAAUCCUAAUUAAUAAAACUGAAACACGUGAAACGUUAUUAUAAUAAAUCUGAUAAAUCAGGAGCAAACUCAUACAAUAAGUACAUUUGCCAAGAGGAAAUAGUGUAUAAUUUAAGUGUUCAUUCAAAAUGGAUUCAUUUUUCAACAAUUCGAACAGGAAAUGACAGUUAUUAAAAACACAAUAAUUUCUCGCAUCGCUUCAGUCGCUGUGGUAAAAAAUAAUCUCGACCUAUAUUGACAAAAGUAUGUUACUGCCAUAACAAGAUAAAAAAUCCAUUUGUCGAUUAGGAUUGGUACGAUGGUAACGGGAUCGAUACCAAGGGAUUAGAAAUUUGAGAAGAAGGAGAAUGGUAGCGCUAGUGUAUCGGGAAUAAACUAAACUUUGUAUCGCUUGACAUCGAUAUAACGUCAAGAGUCUAAUAGCAAUACGAGUUUCACUUGAGAGGGCGAGCAAGACAUUAACAAAAAAUAAAUUAAAUACACGACUUCGCGUCGCAGUAUCGCUGAAACAUAGAAUCUACCUUACGGUUAAACAAUUCUAACGCUAAAUGUCCUAAGGAAAGUACGUAUAAUAAAUACAUAUUCAUGCAUAAAUCGUGAGAUCCUCUUCGAGUUACUACGUAAUGAUUCGCGUUCGUCGUAUCGAUAUAACACGAGAACUAGCAAUAGUAGAACUUAAACCAUAGAAUUCGGAUUUCUUAAUGUAACGAAUUAAAAAGAAAAAAAGAAAAAAAAAUAUCGUACGCGGAAGUUUUGAGACGCAGGUAGUUGUAGAUGGUCAUUGCCGACAGAGCGUAAAAGUUUUCACGUGAACUUUGAUUUUCAUUAUGAAAUAACUUAUGUCGAAGAAUGCACAAUCAAACAGAUAAAAUUACUUCAGAGAUAGUUCGAGAGAUUCGACUAAUCCUCGUAAGUAUUAAAACCGUUCCGGUUUAUCUAAAUCCACGGAUUUACAUUUCGUCAGUAAGACGCGACGAGUUAAACAGCACUCGAAGUUCUGAGGACGAGAACGAUCUUUUAACGCCGCGGUAUAAUCUAAAAUAAAAUAAAACAAAAAAAAUGUUGGCGAAGUCUGCCGAUCUAAGUACGCACACAGCAUUACUGAUAUAAAUCUCCUUUCAUUCUCACGCAUCGUUUUAUAAUAAUAUAAUAUAUGUAUCGCAAUAGGUAAAAAAUGUCUUUAAAGAAAAGAGAGAAAAAAAGGAAAUACAUCUCGGCAUUGCGUCCCCAUAAAGGUUCAAGCCGUAGCGUUUCCAACUGGCGCCGCGAACAAAAAAGACGACGACGACAAAUGGGACGAAAAAAGUAAAACACGGCGAGAGCAUUUCACGCAUUACUCCUUCAGGACUGAACGAAUUCCCUUCCGUAUUUCCAUUAAAUUAAUAUUAUACAUACGCAUGUACUUCUCGACCUGUUGCGCGUCGAAAUCUUCGUCUAGAUUCGCGUUUGUACUGUCCAAGGCCUACCGGUCCGAUUCACCGCUCUAGCGAGUCGUUUAAGGGAAAAAUAAGGAAAGAAUCGCGAUCCCAGAAAUCUCGAAAAAGAACCUCGUAUGGUUGCCUGCUAAGGAUUACGGCAAAAGUGAGUCAACGUUCUUCGGGAGGAUAAGUGAACGGCAGUGAAGAAGAAUUUUCGUGAUAGAAAAGCGGCAGAAGCUUGGGACUUUUACUUGAGGAGAGAUUCUAUUCGAGAAACGAUCGUCACUGUUACUAUUGCACUUCCUCCUCUUAAGAAUCUUGGUCGAGCCAAUGAAUGUAAAACAGUCUGAGAAAAGAAUAGAAGCAGGUAUCUGGCAUUAAUGGGUUAAUCGAUUUUCAUCGACGGGAUAGCGUGUAGCGUUGUAAUCGGUCGCAUUUAAGUGUCGUGUGUAUGUCACGUUUUCAUUGCGCGGUCCGAGGCUCCUUCGGCCGCGCCUCAUUUUUAGAUAGGCACUAUCUAAUAUAUAUAUAUAAAUAUAAAUAUAUACAUAUAUGACGAAUAGUUUAUCUAUAAAAGGAGAGUAGAAGCCGAGACGAACAAAGGACUUCUAAAAGGCAAGAGAUGGGAAGAAAGUAAUCGUAUGGAACGAGUGAAUCUUAUUGAGCUCGUUUAUAUGCGCUGUGUCUACUUAAUUGAAAAUUGCGGACCGCGAUUAUGGCCCGGGUAAAUAGAAGAGAGGUUUAUCGAAACGAGAGGAGUCGAGCACUCGGCGAACCUUCGACUGGCUAUAAUAAACGUCACGAGAUUGCACGCGGAUCUUCCCUUUUUUUAUAUGAAUCCAGUGUUUGGCUAAGACGUGAUUCUUUUAUUCCGUUGGAGGCGACAAUGUACUUAAUAUUCAUCACUUAACCAAUGUAAUGGAUCACUUCAUAAAAUGAGUCUGUUAGUAGAACGGAAGAUUGACUAGUCAGCUAAUGCGGCGGGUUACUACUUACUCUAUUAUAUUCUUUCUCGUAAUUUUCUUAACACUUAACGGAAUGAAGCAGCUUGCCAGUUGACUUUCACUCAUUAGCUAGUGCAAGUUAAAAAAUAGUUUAAAAUCCUGAGACUCUUUGUCAAGAAGUAACAAGAUCGGUCAAAAGCGUGAUAAGACGAGAUAUUAUCUUAUCUUCUUUAUCUACCUCAUCGCCAGUACGCGUUGAAUCGAGAAAAGGACAGAUAGGGGGUGUUUAAAAAUGAGAGGGGGAGAGGAUCGUUCAACUGUUUCCAUCUUAAAAAGAAGGAGGAAUUCAGCGAAGUUCGCGAGACGCUCGACUCUAUCUCCGUCUAUUGUCCACGAUGUUGCGAUAUGUACUUUCUAAUUUUAAUACGUUAAUCACUUGUCGAUUACCAUAUAUUUUAUGUGUACUUGCCUAUCUGAUAGGCGUCGACACUGCAUAGUUUAUAUGAGACAUGUUGACUAUGAGAAAAGUUUAUCGCGAUAAAUGGUCAAACGACAGAUGAAUAUAAAGAAACGAGGAAAGAAUGACGAAACUGUUUCAGAUAAAACGUUAAAAAAAAAAAAAUGUGUUGUACAUAAAUAGAUAGACUUUAAGGGGAGCGAAAGAGGGAGGAGAGAAAUGAAAGGAGGAAGAUUUGUAAGACACGGUUCAAUAGAAAAGGAAGAUAAGGGGAGAGACACAUCGUUUUCAUAGAUCAAACAGUAUUGCAGUACGUUCUGCUGCCGCUUUAAUAUUUUACUAUGUCAUAUUUACUUGAAA